AUGGCUGCGGGAGGGGGCUCGGCAGCGCCUCUGAGGGGCGCAGCUGGGGCCCGUGCGUCGGCGGAUCGCCUGGUCGCGCGGCUGCAGCGGCAGCUCGCGGACGCCGACCGCCGCAGGCUGGAGGCCGAGGAGGCCAUUGACACGCUCGUCGGCGACGCCGAAGUCGGCGCGCGCGUCCGCUGCCUGCUGCCAGCGCUGGCGGCCUUGGUGGCUGGACGUGCGCCGACCUGGUUGCAGAAGCUGCGCCGCAACGUCGCGCUGCACGCCGCGGCGCCGGGGGCGCGGAUACUGGUGGCCGAGGCUGCCGAGCUCCGCGCUGCCCAGCACGGGCCGAGGCUGGAACGCGCCGCUGUGGUGUCGGGGCCGUUCGACGACGUGGAGAAAUUGGACACAGUGGACUGCGGCAGGGAGGAGGCGCUGGCUGCCCGAGGGGCCUCGGGGAUUCUCGAGACCCAGGGUCCGUGGGCGGGAGGCGGCCUGCACCCUGCUGCUCGGGUGCUCCACGUGGCCGAGUUGGAGCCGAGGCUCCUGGCGCAGGCCGAUGCCUUGGCGGCGGAGCGCGCUCCUCUACCAGGGCUGGGCGGUCAGGGAGGCACUGAUCAUCAAGACCUCCUCGACGCCCAAGGGCAACUGCACGGUGCCACCCCAGAGGGCCUAGUACCUGGGGGCUUGGGAACGUUUCCCAUCUGUUCUGUGCUGGAGGCCGGUGCCGCGGGCCCUAUGCUGGCGCCUGGGGAUUGGCACACCGCCGAUCCGCUGGCGGAGGCGGAGGCCUUCGUCCAGGGCCUGGCGGCGGGCUGGCGGUUCGCCGAGGCAGCCUCCCAGCCUCGGGCGGAGUCGCUCGACGUGCAGCGGCUGGAGGCGGCAGAGCAGGACGGCGCGGCGCACCCCAGCAAGCUGUCGGGCACCGCGCGCGAGGCCGAGGAGCUCUUCGACCCGAUCGAGGAGCCCGUGCCUGGCGACGCGGAGCCCGAGGGCAAGCAGGCAGAGGCUGUGCACGGCGCGGCGGUGCCCAACGCCCAGCACUUCGGCAACCUAGCGGCGGCGGCGGCGGCGCACGGAAUCAGCGGCGCAGCCGCAGAGCUUUUCGACAAGCUGGGGCAGGCCGCGCUCGAUGUCACGGGGUCGUUCGACUUUGGGUCUGAUGAGCCUGUGUGCGGCGGCGCGGGCCACCACAGUGUGCUGGAGGAGUCAGCGGGCGGCGCUUCCGUGGGCACCGCCAGCCAGGCCGAGGUGCAUCAGGAUCGGGCCCUGGUGUGCGCUCGCCUCGAGAGGGCGCUGGUGGCCCUGGUCCAGAUCUUCGAAUCGUUCGAGCUGGUGCGCGUCCCGUCGUGGCUGCUGGAACCACAGCGCGAGGCUGUGAGAGCGGCGGUUGCGGCCUUGGAGCGCGCCAAGGGCGAUCACGCGGCUGUGCACGGCGCAGCGGUGCCCAACGCCGAGCACUUCGGCAACCUGGCGGCGGCGGCGGCGGCGGCGCACGGAAUCAGCGGCGCAGCCGCAGAGCUCUUCGACAAGCUGGGGCAGGCCGCGCUCGAUGUCACGGGGUCGUUCGACUUUGGGUCUGAUGAGCCUGUGUGCGGCGGCGCGGGCCACCACAGUGUGCUGGAGGAGUCAGCGGGCGGCGCUUCCGUGGGCACCGCCAGCCAGGCCGAGGUGCAUCAGGAUCGGGCCCUGGUGCGCGCUCGCCUCGAGAGGGCGCUGGUGGCCCUGGUCCAGAUCUUCGAAUCGCUCGAGCUGGUGCGCGUCCCGUCGUGGCUGCUGGAACCACAGCGCGAGGCUGCGAGAGCGGCGGCUGCGGCCUUGGAGCGCGCCAAGGGCGAUCACGCGGCGCACCCCUGCAAGCUGUCGGGCGCCCUAUGCGAGGCCGCGGAGCUCUUCGACCCGAUCGAUGCGCCAGAGUCUGGCGUGACGGAGCCCGAAGGCAAGCAGGCAGAGGCUGUGCGCGGCGCAGCGGUGCUCAACGCCGCGCACUUCAGCAAGCAGGCGGCGGCGGCGCACGGACCCAGCGACGAUGUCGCGGAGCUCCUCGCCGCGUUCGAGGAGUUGCUCGCGGACGGCGCUUCCGUGGGCCCCGCCAGCCAGGCUGUAGUGCAGUGCGAAUCGGUCGGGGCCAGCCCCGCUGCAGCGCUGGACCCACAGCGCGAAGUUGUGAGAGCGGCGCUUGCGGCUCGGGAACACGCCCGAGCGACUCGUGAAGGAGGCCGUGGGCAUCGUGCGGCCGCUAGACGUGCCUUGCCUUCCCGCCCUCCUUCCUUCCUUGAAUUCUAG